UAUUUUCUCAGUCCGUUACUGACUGUCUGAUCGUGAAGACGCACGCGGAUAAGUUUCCUCUGUAGCCCUGCUCCGUGGGGAAAGAUUUUCCACAGCAACCGCGCGUGCGUAUGCCUGUCCGGGCUGUGUACAACUCCGACGGUCGAAUAGUUUCGUUGCGACGAGUGCAGUGUGCAUGUGGUGCGGUGUAUCGUGCUCGCUUGCCUGUCGUCCGCUUGGUAAAAGGUGCACUUUCCAUAUGUGAAAUGUGAAACUCCAUGUGUUGCGUUUUUGGCAGGCAGUGAAGAUAAACCGUCCAGCAAGGAGACGCAGCAGACGGAGAAGCAAACAAGAGAAAAAAAAGGAAGCAAAGCAUUUCGGAAGAAGAAGUUGUGGAAAAAUGCAAACCACACUCACCAUUCAAAGUACAGCAGUGUUUCUGUAAUGCAGUGUGUGAUGUGGUUGAUCUUGAGAAAAAUAACUUAAAAAUAUUCGAAAUCAAAACUUAUGGCAUAAAAUUGGAGUGAGAAUAAACGUGAACGAGCAGUGUUGAAUGCUAGUGUUGUGAAAGUGACAAACGGAAAGUGCAAGAAUAAAGUGCAAAAAAACAGAAAAUAGUCAGCAACAAAAAAGGAAAACGAACCGAACCGAAAGAAGAAAAAAGGAAAACAAAACACAGUCGGAAUAGUAUCGGAUCGAUUGACAUUCGAUCUGCGAUAUUUGUCCUUGCAAUUUGAAGUGUUCGAUAUCAUUGCGAACCGCAAAAGGUACGCUGAUCAAGUGUUCGAGUGUGUGUGUGCCACAAACGGAGACUGCACGAAAGAAGAAUUAAGGGUGAAAAAAAAAACACCGUUUAAAGCCAGCGGAAAACUCAAAGCCACUGUGGACAAAUUGGAUUACGCAAACUCGAUCGCAGUGGGAAGCUGUCAACACACAAUGAUCAAUGAAGAGCGCAUCCUACAAUGUUACAGCGACUAAGUACAACCGUGCGUACCCAUCCUCUACUCACGAAACGACCAUGCAGCUUACGACCAGGUUCAAGGUGGAUGAAUGUGUGAAAACGUGCGUCAUCGAAACGCGUGGUGAACGAUCGACGAUCGCGUGAAAGCAAAGAAGGACUAGUAGUGUAGUGCGAGUGCUACAAGCUUACAGAAGAAAGCCAGUGGUUGUGAAAUUGAAAUUGUGUGUAUGUGGUGUAUUGUUGUGUAAUGUAUUUGAAAAAGAAGUUGUCAACAAACAUGGCGCCGAGCGGUGAACGCUGGAGCUAUAUUCUAGCUAUCCUGAUUGGACUGUGUAUUGCCCCAAGCUUGACGUACAAACUAUCACAAUCCGACCCGGACACGAUUCGGAUCAAUUUAGGCAAUAAAAAGCUCGUGAAGGAAACGGUCCCACUCUACACGAAGUUGAUCAUCAAGUGCAAUUUCGACAGUCCCACGUGGUACAGGAACGGCAAACUGAUCGCGGUGGAUCAUAAGCGUUCGAAAUCGCUUCGUUUUGAGCACGUGCGCAAAACCGAUGCCGGUUACUAUUCAUGCGGCUCCGAGUUUAACGAAUGGUCCAACCUAACGUUGUCCGUGUUCAGCCAGGAAACGGACCAGUACCAGAGCGACGGUGCCGGGAUAGCAAACCUAGAGCGCAAAAGCUUGCGUGCUGCAUCGUCAGGAUCCGGCGCCGUUAAGCCUCUCGAGAUAUUGGACAACGAGCUGAAGGAAGGUCCUCCGCGAAUCCUCGACACGCGGGACGAAUCCCAUCCCAGUGCGGUGGUUCGUGAGGUGGGCAAAGAGUAUCGGUUGAGGUGUGAUGCGAUCGGUGAGCCGAAACCGCACAUCAGCUGGCAAAAGGAUGGCCAAGAGUAUCGUGACAAUUCGUACAAAUCGACGGUAGUGUUUAAGCCGCUGCUACCGACGGACGCCGGAACAUACGUGUGCGUAGCGUGUAAUGUGCACGGGUGUGUGAAUUCCACGACCGAGCUGGAGGUGGUAGAAUCGGGAGAGCUUGAGCCCGCUUACAUUCAGCACAACACCAUGGAAAGUCAUUCACAGCUUCAGGGUGAGGGCCGUUUGGGACCGGCCCAGGAUACGGUAAUGGUGCGUUACUAUCCUGUCGCGAACGAACACCGAAUGCACCAACCACUCGACGAGGACGUGGAGGACGAGGAAGAUGAGGAGGAUGAUGGAGAUGGGCCGACCGGCGGAACCGGUGGGCAAGGUGUCGACACUACGGAGGACGGUGCCGGUGCAGUGAACGGAUCCGGCACUCCCCCACCCGACCGUUUGCCGGAGUUCAUGAAGAAGGAACACAUGCCCAAGAUCGUAUCGAAGCCGUCGGGCAAUAUGGUGCGACUGCGGUGUCCAGCCGACGGUUACCCAAAGCCAAACAUCACCUGGACGAAGGAUGGCCGCGAAAUCGAACGCACCAUGGGACAGGUGAAGAAGGUGAACUGGGCAAUCGUACUGGAGGACCUGGUGCCACAGGACUCGGGCAACUACACCUGCACCGUUUGCAACCGGGUGGGAUGUGUUCACUUUUCUACCAAACUCGAAGUGAAAGAUCGCUUUCCAUCACGUCCCCACUUUACCGAACGUCCAAAGAACGUGACCGCUCUGGUAAACAGCACCGCCAUCUUUCGCUGUCCGACUCUGUCCGAUCUCGAGCCUCACAUUGAGUGGAUGAAGCUUCGUAUUCAGGAUGUGGACAAUUUUACUGUGCCGGAGAACGUUACCAAGCUGGAGCGUGAUCCGGACAAUCCCGAAGUGUUGACGCUGGAAAACGUAACCCACGCAGACGAGGGCUGGUACACCUGUAUUGCGGCCAACAGUCUUGGCGCAUCGUUCGAAAGUGCGUAUCUGCAGGUGUUGGACGAACUGCCGCCCGACGAUACACCGACGGCACAUCCCGUCCGAACUCACUCGACGCUUAUCAUGGGCAUGACGUUCUUCCUGUGCGUCUGUUUCGUGGUACUAGCCGCCGUCGUGAUCAUCGUUUGCAAGAAGUUGAAGCGCGAAAAGAUGAAACAUCGUGCCAUGGAGCAUGUUAACCAGUGGACGAAGAAGGUGAUCGUGUUGAAGCAGCCGGUCGUCGAGGGCAGCAUACCGGGCAUGUCAGAGGCAUUGCAAAUGCCGAUUGUUCGCAUCGAAAAGCAACGUUCGACGCUGGUGCAAAGCGGAAACUGUGAUCCUACCAUGAUCUCGGAGUACGAGUUUCCGAUCGAUUUGAAUUGGGAAUUUCCUCGGAACAAGCUACAGCUGGGCAAAAGUCUCGGCGAGGGAAUGUUCGGCAAGGUUGUCAUGGCUGAAGCACACGGACUGGUCAAAGGUCAUCCAUCGACCGUGGUUGCGGUGAAGAUGCUGAAGGAGGGACACACGGAUGCCGAUGUGAAGGAUCUCGUGUGUGAAAUGGAGGUGAUGAAGAUGAUUGGAAAGCACGUGAAUAUCAUCAACCUGCUGGGCUGCUGCUGCAAGGAUGGACCGCUGUACGUGAUUGUGGAGUAUGCGCCGCAUGGCAAUCUGAAGAACUUUUUGCGAAGUCAUCGCUUCGGCUCGAACUACGAGGCAACCAACGAGAAGGAGAAGAAAAUUCUCACGCAGAAGGAGCUUAUAUCGUUCGCGUAUCAAAUAGCACGUGGCAUGGAACAUUUGGCAUCGAGAAGGUGUAUUCAUCGAGAUUUAGCGGCACGAAAUAUUCUGGUGAGCGAUAACUACGUGAUGAAGAUAGCCGACUUUGGAUUAGCCAGGGACAUCCACGAUCAGGAGUAUUAUCGAAAGACGACCACGGGCAAGCUACCGAUCCGAUGGAUGGCUCCGGAAUCUCUCGAAGAAAAGUUCUACGAUUCACAAAGCGAUGUGUGGUCUUUUGGCGUUCUUUUGUGGGAAAUUAUGACACUGGGAGGUAAUCCCUACCCUUCGAUACCAACGUGGGACAACUUGUUGGAACACUUGAAAAAGGGCAAACGAAUGGAGAAACCGCCCCUGUGUUCAAUCGAAAUAUAUCUUUUCAUGCGAGAGUGUUGGCACUACCGACCGGAAGAGCGACCCACGUUCAGUGAAAUCGUACAACACUUGGAUCGGCUUGUGAGCAUCACGUCCAACGAAGAAUACUUGGACCUGGGACUACCGCAGCUGGAAACACCGCCAUCCAGUGACGACAGCGACGACGAAGAGGACGAAGAAGAUUGCGUCGACGAUCCAACGGGGACUGAACACGAACGUGUGCACAUGUAUCGAUUUAAUAGAAGCUACAACAACGACUGCAUCUACUAACCAUUGUGCCAUGGAGAAGCGGGAAAAGUGUUCUUCAGGAUGUGUCUCGUUAUGUACAAUCCCAUAGGAGAAUAUUUAUGCUGAAUGUGAGAUUGCGUUUGUGUAUCACGCGAGUCGAUGGUCUCGGGCUUUUGGAGAUGAAUUUCACCAACAAGCCACGGGAUCGCCAGCAAUAUGGCAAUGCUGGCAAUGCACGUGUCAUAUGCUUAUAGAUGUUAAAUUGGAACAAGACUGUAUUUAUUUGAUGUAAUUAAGGACAAGUUAGCCGUUAGCUAAAACAAACUAAGGAGGGAAAACUAGUCAAUAACUGCGGAUCCUUUCGAGCAGCACAUCCAAAUCUUAUUAUGUAGUACCAGUACCAUGACCACGUUGAGGCCAUUUACGUUGUAACUCAUUUGAUGUCGAAGAUUGUAUUUCGGGUCGUUAUCGGAACGCCAAAGCAAUCCCAAUCCGAGUUUAGUAAUAAUGCAUUAGAUGUUAUCAUAACGAAAGUAUGUUAAGUCUAAAAAAAAGUAAAUAAUGUAGCAAAGAUGGAGCAUAUGUUGUUUACGAAAAAUCGGGUUAUUUCUUCGGGAAAGUUUUACUUUUCAUGGAAGCAAAGAUGUAGAGUAAUAUAGGCGGUAUAGGUCAGUUUUAGAGGACACCCCAUGGAGGUCAUUCGCAUACGUAAGAGUAGGGAGCUUGGAAACAGGAUCAACGAGUAUUAUUGUACAUAGGUUGUAAAUGAGAAGAUGAAAAAAACCAAAACCGAACCACAAUUGUAAAAAUCGAAACUAUCAAAUAAAGAGUAAAAAGAAAACGAUACAGAA